AUGGCAGAAGGAAAAGGAAGAGUUUGUGUAACAGGAGGUACAGGUUUUAUUGGUUCAUGGAUUAUCAAGACACUUCUUGAAGAUGGUUACACUGUUAAUACCACUGUUAGAGCUGAUCCAGAGAAAAAGAGAGAUCUUAGCUUUCUCACAAAUCUUCCGGGUGCAUCUGAAAAACUAAAAUUUUUCAAUGCUGAUCUUAGCAAUCCAGAAAGUUUUAGUGCAGCCAUUGAAGGUUGUGUUGGAAUAUUCCACACUGCCACUCCAAUUGAUUUUGAAGUGAAUGAACCGGAGGAAAUAGUGACAAAAAGAACCAUUGAUGGAGCAUUAGGAAUUCUAAAAGCAUGCAAAAAUUCAAAGACAGUAAAGAGAGUUAUUUACACUUCAAGUGCUUCAGCAGUUUUUCAUCAAGAGAAAGAAGAAGAUGUAAUGGAUGAAUGUUAUUGGAGUGAUGUGAAUAUUCUAAGAAAUCUGAAGCCAUUUGCUUGGUCAUAUUCAGUUUCCAAGACACUGGCUGAGAAAGCUGUUCUUGAAUUUGGACAACAACAUGGUUUGGAUAUUGUCACUCUUAUUCCAUCUUUUGUUGUUGGACCCUUCAUUUGCCCUAAGCUUCCUGGUUCUGUUUAUGGUUCACUGCCUUUCUUAUUUGGUGAUAUUGACCAGAAUCCAUUGAUUGCAUCUCGUAUACAUAUGGUGCAUGUUGAUGACGUGGCACGAGCUCAUAUAUUCUUACUUGAACAUCCUAAUCCAAAAGGAAGAUAUAAUUGUUCACCAUUUAUUAUAACUUUUGAUGAAAUAAUUGACAUUAUUUCUUCAAAAUAUUCUGAAUUUCAAAUUCCAAAAUCCAAAGUGCUUAUGGGAGCUAAAGGUCCAAAGCUUCCACAUUUAACCUCAGAGAAAAUUAUGAAUGCUGGAUUUGAGUUCAAGUAUAACAUUGAAAAAAUGUUUGAGGAUACAAUUGAAUGUUGCAAGGAGAAGGGUUAUCUUUAA